AUGCUCCUCUCCAUCCUGGUGGCUUUGUGCCUGUGGCUGCGCCUGGCGCUGGGCGUGCGGGGCGCGCCCUGCGAGGCUGUGCGCAUCCCCAUGUGCCGGCACAUGCCCUGGAACAUCACCCGGAUGCCCAACCACCUGCACCACAGCACGCAGGAGAACGCCAUCCUGGCCAUCGAGCAGUACGAGGAGCUGGUGGAUGUGAACUGCAGCUCUGUGCUGCGCUUCUUCCUCUGCGCCAUGUAUGCACCCAUCUGUACCCUGGAGUUUCUGCACGACCCCAUUAAGCCCUGCAAGUCUGUGUGCCAGCGCGCACGCGACGACUGUGAGCCUCUCAUGAAGAUGUACAACCACAGCUGGCCAGAGAGCCUGGCCUGCGACGAGCUACCCGUCUAUGACCGAGGAGUGUGCAUCUCUCCCGAGGCUAUAGUCACGGACCUUCCAGAAGAUGUGAAGUGGAUAGACAUCACACCAGACAUGAUGAUGCAGGAGAGGCCCUUUGAUGCGGACUGUAAACGCCUGAGCCCAGAUCGGUGCAAGUGCAAAAAGGUGAAGCCGACUUUGGCAACAUACCUGAGCAAAAACUACAGCUAUGUUAUUCAUGCCAAAAUAAAAGCCAUCCAGAGGAGUGGUUGCAGCGAAGUAACAACCGUGGUGGAUGUGAAAGAGAUCUUCAAGUCUUCCUCACCCAUCCCUCGAACCCAAGUGCCCCUCAUCACAAAUUCCUCCUGCCAGUGUCCACACAUCCUGCCCCAUCAAGAUGUCCUCAUCAUGUGCUAUGAGUGGCGUUCAAGGAUGAUGCUUCUUGAAAACUGUUUAGUUGAAAAAUGGAGAGAUCAGCUUAGUAGAAGGUCCAUACAGUGGGAAGAGAGGCUCCGUGAACAGCAGAGGACAGUGCAGGACAAGAAGCGAACAGCCAGCCGCACCAGUCGCAGUAACCCCCCCCAAGCCGAAGGGAAAGCCACCCGUUCCCAAAGCUGCCAGCCCUAA